AUGGCUCCAUCUACUGAACUGAUGGAGAUAACCGAGCCAACUGCACUAUUUGAACCAACCGCAGUAGCUGAACCGACCAUGGAUAUUGGAUCGACUGCGGCCACUGAUACAUCUAUGGCAACCGACACGACCGAGACAGCCGAGCCAGCUGCUUCCACUGAAAAAUUCCGGAAACGAGACAAGAAGCCCGAGCUAUCCCAAGUCCAGCGCGCAUCAAUCAUCCAAGCGCUUGCAAACGGUGAGCCAGUGGCCAAGAUCGCCAAAGAUUUCGGCAUUGCGCGAACAACCGUCUACCACACGAAGAAGCGAUUCCGAGAACGAGGAGAUCUGGCCUCUCAACCCCGAACAGGACGUCCCGCCAAGCGACUCAAGCACUUCAUGGCGAUGCACGACUAUCAACCUCCCCGGUGGCUGGAGCUGCGACUAUCAAUGGAGGGAUCUCGAAGUCGACACCAAAGCGUGUUACACGUAGCCAGAGUGCUCAAAAGAAUCGCCACACCGAGGAUUCCACUGCUGCAACGGUGGAGGAAUCUGGCUAGAAGACAGAUCCUAGUGAGGUGGACUCCCGAUUGUGAUUCAAGCGGUUGUCUACUAUUCAAGAUCAAUGUAUCCAGUGUGCGAGCAAACAGCAACAUACCCAGAAAAUUGAAACAACAACUAAGCUAUUUCUUUGUUUAA